AAAUGUCCUGGUUUGGGAAGCCGACGUCCAAGCCGGCGCCCGCCGCCAACACGAGCGCCGUGUCCGAGUUACAACGCUUGAGAGGACGACAAAUCUCUAGCUUGGUACGUGCGGGAGGUCAAGCCAUCAACCAUCAGCAGUCGAUCUUCGACGUUGUCGUUCGACUUGUGGAUUCCCGCACCCUCACUUUGCGAAUAACAUUGCCGGACGAAUUCCCUAUGCAAGGUCCUAUGAUCCAGACAACGUCGCGAGUGCAGCACAGUUGGUUGGACUCUCAAUGCCGCGUCGUGGGGCACAUGGACUUGGUGAAUUGGAGUGCCCAUGCCGACAUUGGCAGAAUCGUGGUGGAUAUUGUGAACGAGUUUCAGCGCAGCCCACCUGCUGCCAUUGGCCGUGGUGGCGCCAGUCUAUCUGUAAAUCCCGCUUCGUCGACAACUCCGAUCUAUCCUGGCCCGUCGACGGCGUCACCGUUGACUCCAUCAUACCUCCAACCGUUCCCUCAGCAGCAGCAAUCACAGCCUCCACCGUCGGCCUCGUACACCCCGUAUCCCCCAUCGUCGUCGGCGGCGCAGAUGACGGCCAGUUAUCAAUACCCAGCGCCUUACGCGUCGUCUUCGAGGGGAAAGAUGCCGUCCCAGCAAGACGCAGCGCGCCAAACUCAGUCGCCUGCCAUACCCGCGGUGUUUCCCGAGCUCGAAGCGCUCUCUGUAAACCAGUUGGAAAAGCUCGUGACGGACCGGGCUACGCUGAAAGCCUACAUCAAGAACAUGGACAACGUGGUCAACUUCAUGAAGCUGUACGAUGACUUGGUGAAGGGCAACAAAGAUUUAGCAGGUGCAUCGCCUUGGUCGUGCCUCGGAUAAUGUGCUGACGUGGGACGUAGAGUCGAAUUUGGCGUACGAGGCACAACUGGAGCCGCUACAAGACGCCGUCCAAGAAUUGAAGCAACAACUUCACGUGGCACAAGAGGCGUUGCAAGCUAAGCAAAACCAACAGCAUCAAGUGUUGGUGGUACGUGUGUGCAUUUGACGUGAAGGAGUUGAAUUGUAUGGAGGAUGCAGCACUUUCAACCGGACUUGUUGGUGGCACGUGUGUCGAAAGCGGCGGACGAAGCAGACGAAGCAUCCGAGGACAUUGCGGCACGUUUUACGAAUGGCGACAUCGACGUGAAUCAAUUUGUGGCCGAGUUCUUACCCAUGCGCAAAUUGUAUCACUUGCGCACGACCAAGGUGGACCGCUUUUCGAAACCAUAGUCCCCGAGACCGCUAAGAAUACCACCAUACCAUUAUGCUUCGCGAAACUUCCACUCUUCCCGGCACAGCGGACAUUUGUGUUGUGCAUCUUUAAGCGACUCGAGCCACUUGACCAAGCAAUGCAUGUGUAGAGCGUGCUCGCAUCGCCCAAACACUAUUUGUUCGACCCAUUCACUCCAA